AGAUAACGUCACUACCACGUCACAUUGGAAAAUUGGAUAACAGUGAAAGGUUUUCCGUUUACUUGUGUUACGUUUGCUCCGCUCUCCGGCGACUCCAGAAGCUUUUCUGCGCAGAAGACCCUCCAGAAGCAAGCUAAACGCAACGCAUGUCUUAUAAAGCCAGAAAUCAGACAAGGAAUUUCCGGACACCUAUGUCGGCAGAAGUGCCGAUAAAUCAUUGUGAUAUGCUGCUGUGAAUUGUUAGCCUGAAAGAGAUCAUGCAGGGGCUUCACCAACAGCAGCAACAGUUAGCGGCUCUCCUUGCGGCGGCGCUUCCCAAAGAUGACCCCUCCAAGUCAACGCUAACGGCGUCUCUGCCACCAACUUCGUCAGCGCCAACCCCGUCCUCAUCCACUGCGGCUCCAUCACAGGAGGACGAAUCAUCCAGAAUCGCCGCCAUAACCUCACUCCACAAUGCCAUUCUAUACCCGCCCAACUCCCUUCUUGUCAGUCACUCCGCCUCAUAUCUAGCUCAAGGCUUCUCUCAGCUUCUAUCCGACAAGUGCUAUUCAGUCCGUCACCCAGCCGCUAGAGGUUAUGGUGCUUUGUGCGCUGUGAUUUGUUCUAUUUCAAUGGGCCCAAAUGGAAGGCAGAACCAUGUUAUACUCGGAAGUUUGGUUGACCGGUUCAUUAGUUGGGCUUUGUCACUGAUUGGCAAUGUUGGAGAUGGCUCGUGGGAUGUUGCUUUGGAAGGUCUUCGCGAGUUUCUUAGUAUUGGGGAUGUUGGAGCAGUUGAGAGAUUUGCUUUGCCAAUUCUCAAAUCUUGCCAAGAACUUCUUGAGGAUGAGAGGACUUCCUUCAGUUUACUUAGUAGGCUGCUUGACGUUCUAACACUGAUCUCUUUGAAGUUUUUUAGAUGUUUCCAACCACAUUUUGUAGACAUUGUUGAUCUGCUACUUGGAUGGGUGCUGGUGCCAGACAUUGCAGAUUCUGAUAGGCGUGUAAUCAUGGAUAGUUUCUUGCAGUUUCAGAAAUAUUGGGUAAAUAAUAUGCAGUUCUCCCUUGGACUGCUUUCAAAAUUUUUGGGAGACAUGGAUGUUUUGCUUCAGGAUGGAAGCCCUGGUACCUUGCAGCAGUUCCAAAGAUUACUUUCUCUGCUGUCUUGCUUUACUUCAGUAUUACAGUCCAUGUCGUCAGGUUUAUUGGAGAUUAACAUGCUUGAAAAAAUUGCUGAGCCUCUUUGCAAAAUGGUUCCUAUUCUGCUCGGGUGCAUAUCUCUAAUUGGAAGGAAAUUUGGUUGGUCAAGAUGGAUAGAAGAUUCUUGGAAAUGUUUAACUUUAUUGGCAGAAAUUUUAACUGAUCAGUUUUCACCGUUUUACAGCAUUGCACUUGAUAUUCUGUUUCAAAGUUUGGACAUGGAAGGUAAAGAGCAUUCUAUUGGGUCAAAUAAGCUAACUUCAUUUCAGGUUCAUGGGGUUCUUAAAACCAAUUUACAAUUGCUGUCUUUGCAAAAGCUUGGACUCUCUCCGUCAUCUGUCUACAAAAAUUUAUGUUUUGGUGCACCUAUAUCCAAGCUGCGUUUGCAUCCAAACCACUUAGUGGCAGGAAGUUCUGCUGCUACAUAUAUCUUCUUGCUUCAACAUGGAAACAAAGAAGUUGUUGAAGCAUCAGUGAGUACAGUGCUCAAAGAGCUUGAACCGUUGAGAAGAGCACUUGGAGGAACUUCAUGCAGUGGGGAUAAUAUAUGUAAUGCUGUAGUGCUUAAUUCCUAUUCGAAAUCUGAACUGGAUGCAUUAAUCAAAUUUGAUUUGAGGGUCUUGUCAAGUUGUGUUUCUUUGCAUGGGUCAGGCAGUUUUAAUGGCCAAGGAGGAACUGAUACUCUAUAUGUUAGUAGGUCAGAAAAAUUGAUUUCUUAUAUUAUUGACAACUUGGACCCUUUUAACUCCAUUAUCCAGGAUGAUGCAGAGUUGCAAGUCACAGUUCUUAGAACUUUAGAAAGGCUAGCUGUGGUAGAAUUUUUGUGCAAGUGCUCCAUGGGCAAGCAAAGAACUGCAGAUGCUUCUGUGGUGUCAUCAGCACAAAAUUCCCACAGUGAUGAUGAUUGGGAGCACGAACUUCCCAUGAUAAUCUUACAACACCUGAAAAAGUUCUGUAUUUUUCUUAGCAAAGCUAUUCACCCCUCAUCUCCUUUCAUACUCAGAAUAGAAGGACUACAAUGGAUACAUAAAUUAUGUGGAAAUGUUAUUAGCAUGUAUGAGAACUCAACGACAUCAUUUUUUCCUUGUGAAGCUUUUGGCUAUGUUGAGAUUUUUCAGAAUUUGCUGUUUUCUAUUUUGGGUGCUGCUUCAGACAGGGAAUAUAAAGUGAGGUCUCUUGUGGCAUCGGUACUGGAGAUGCUUCUGCAAGCUAAACUCAUCCAUCCUGUACACUUCCUUGUUACUGCUGAGACCGUCCUUUUAAAACUCGGCGAUCCAGACAAAGACAUAAGAAGUGCUUUUGUUAGGGUGCUUUCAAUAGUUCUACCUCUAACAGUAUAUUUUUGUGCUCUAAAUGAGGAUGGACUUGCAACCUGCAGACCAGGAGAUUAUAAAAUUUGCAGUAGAUCUAAUUUGCACUGGAAGCAACUUUUUGCACUCAAGCCGCUGCCUCAACAACUUCAUUCACAUCAGCUUGUUUCCAUACUCAGCUACCUUGCACAGCGAUGGAAAGUUCCACUUUCAUCUUGGAUCCAGAGGCUUAUUUGUAGUUGUAGACGGUCAAACAAUAUCUCUUCGACCCUGCUUGAAGAGACAGCUGAUGCUGGCUCAAAUGGAUUACUGUGGGAUAUCAAAGUGGAUGAAGAAACUCUUGAAAAAGCUUGCUCCACUGAUAUUCUUGCUGGUGCAUGGUGGGCUAUAAACGAGUCUGCAAGAUAUUGUAUUACUACACGUCUCAGAACAAAUCUUGGGGGGCCAACUCAAACUUUUGCGGCAUUGGAACGCAUGCUUUUGGAUGUGGCUAAUUUGCUUAAACUUGAUGCUGAUCAAAGUGAUGGGAGCUUAAAUAUAAUUAGCUCUUCUUAUGCCCAUUUGUUGCCUAUGCGAUUAUUAUUUGAUUUUGUUGAGGCUUUGAAGAAAAAUGUAUACAAUGCAUAUGAAGGAUCACUUGUUUUGCCAUGUGCUUCUAGGCAGAGCUCCUCAUUCUUUAGGGCAAAUAAAAAGGUUUGUGAGGAAUGGUUUUCUAGGAUAUGUGAGCCAAUGAUGAAUGCUGGAUUAGCACUGCAUUGUCAUGAUGCUACAAUUCAUUAUUGUGCCUUGCGCUUACAGGAGCUAAGAAAUCUCGUUGCUUCAGCAAUGAGAGAAAAGUCAGGAGCCCAAGUAACUGAAGACUUCCAAAAUAUCAGAGGUAGGCUUUCUGGAGAUAUUAUGAGAGUUUUGAGACACAUUACGUUGGCCUUAAGCAAAAAUUAUGAACCCAAGGCAUUAGUUGGUAUACAAAAAUGGGCAAGCAUAGUGUUUUCUCCAUUGUUUAAUGAUGAAAACCAGAUUGUAGAUGGCAGAGGGACAUUGGGUUGUUUUUCUUGGAUCAAUGGGCUGGUGUAUCAAGCUGAGGGUCAGCAUGAAAAAGCUGCUGCUCACUUUAUUCAUUUGUUACAUAAUGAAGACUCACUUACACUUAUGGGCUCUGAUGGUGUACAGUUUGCCAUAGCUCGUAUCAUAGAGAGUUAUGGUGCAAUUUCUGAUUGGAAGUCCCUUGAAUCCUGGCUGUUGGAAUUGCAAACACUUCGUGCCAAGCAUGCGGGAAAAAGGUACUCAGGUGCAUUAACCACUGCUGGCAAUGAAAUAAACUCUAUACAGGCGUUAGCUCGCUUUGAUGAGGGUGAUCUACAGGCAGCAUGGGCAUGCCUUGAUUUGACUCCAAAAAGUAACAAUGAACUAACUCUUGACCCGAAAUUGGCACUGCAAAGGAGUGAGCAGAUGCUUUUGCAGGCUAUGCUUCACCAAAUUGAUGGAAAGGUUGACAGGGUGUCACAUGAGUUGCAAAAGGCAAAAUCAAUGCUGGAGGAGCCAUUGUCUGUUUUACCCCUUGAUGGGCUGUCAAGGGCAGCACCUUAUGUCAACCAGCUAUAUUGCCUCUUGGCAUUUGAAGAUGGGUUUAAGCUCAAGGAGGACAAGUACCAGAGUUUUCCAUCAUUAUUAAAUCCAUAUCUUCAAACAAUGUAUUCCCCUAUCAACCAGAUUCAUCAGGAUUGUAAUAUGUGGCUGAAAGUUCUGCGAGUCUAUAAAGCUGCACAUCCUAGUUCGCCCUCGACGCUAAAGCUUUGCAACAAUGUGAUGAGUCUUGCCCGUAAACAGGGAAAUAUAAGGUUGAUGAGUCGUCUUGAAAAAUAUUUGGUGGACAAUAUAUCUACUUGCCCCAAGGGCAGUACGCGUGAUUAUAUAAUUUCUAGUUUGAAUUAUGAAAAAAUAUUACUGAAGUAUGCUGAUAACAAGAUUGAAGAUGCAUUGACCAGCUUGUGGUCACUUCUGCGUCCUUGUAUGGUUUCACCUUCAGCUGUUUCCUCUGAUUACUAUGAUAGUGCUUUGAUGGCGAAGGCAUGUCUGAAACUUUCUCGUUGGUUGCAACGAGACUCUUCACAUGCAGGAUUGAAAGAUGUAGUCCUCAGAAUGAAAGACGACUUCAAUGUCCAUGCAACUUAUAGUGGCAAAGAAGGAUCUGGUGCUGAUAAUGACCAUCUACCUUCAAAGGAAAAUGUGAACCAUAUUUAUGAGGAACUUGUCGGCACUGCUACAAAGCUGUCUUCCCGAUUGUGCCCCGCCAUGGGGAAGUCAUGGAUUGCAUAUGCUUUUUGGUGUUUUACUCAUGCUAAAUCAUCCCUGCUUGCACCUGCUGAAGCUCCCCUCCAAUAUUGUACAUUUUCUCCCAUUCUUGAUUCUGAACUUCUUCCUGGAAGGUUUAGGUUAACAAAUGAAGAGUUAUUGAAAGUGAAAGACAUAGUUUUUCAAUUUCUUUGGAACAUAUUUCUUGUUAAUGAGUUGAAUGAAAAUGAGGGAGAUUCUGAUUUGGGUUUCAGAUCUUCUGCACAUAUAGCAAAUGAAGGACAUGCUAGGCCUUUGUUGCAGCAGAUUGUAGAUAUUAUUGAGUCUGAAGCUGGAGCUCCUGGAGCAGAAGAUUUUAGCUGUGAAUGCCUAUCUUCUACUGUUGCUUCUAAGUUACAGAAGUGCUUUGCUACUAUGAAGGUACCCAUGGAAGAAGCAUCUGUGGUUUCUGUGAUUGGUGAUUUGGUUGAUACCUGGUGGUCUUUGAGGAAGAGAAGGGUCUCUCUUUUUGGUCAUGCGGCCCAGGCAUUUCUGAAUUUCCUUUCACAUACAUCUUCAAGAAGUUUUGAUGGCCAAUUAAAUGGUUUUGAUAGAGUUUCUAAGUGUAGAACAACGAGUUAUACUCUUAAAGCCACGCUAUAUGUCUUGCAUAUUCUUGUCAACUAUGGACCAGAGUUAAAAGAUAUUGUUGGGCCUGCAUUAUCAGGAGUUCCUUUGCUACCAUGGCAGGAAAUAACUCCUCAACUUUUUGCUCGAUUAUGCUCCCAUCCUGAGCAAGUGGUUAGGAAACAGGUAGAGAGCUUACUAGUAAUGCUAGCGAAGCUGUCUCCUUGGUCAGUUGUGUACCCAACUCUUGUUGAUGCUAAUUCAUGUGGAAAAGAACCUCCUGAAGAGCUUCAGCAGAUACUAGCUUGUUUGAAUAAGCUAUAUCCUAGAUUAGUUAAGGAUGUCCAGAUGAUGAUUAAAGAACUUGAAAGUGUAACAGUCCUUUGGGAGGAACUUUGGCUCACUACACUUCAAGAUCUUCAUGCGGAUGUAAUGAGACGGAUACAUUUGCUGAAAGAUGAAGCUGCGAGAAUUGCAGACAAUAUAACUCUUAGCCAUGGGGAGAAGAAUAAGAUAAAUGCUGCUAAGUACUCAGCAAUGAUGGCUCCUAUAGUUGUUGUUUUGGAGCGGCGUUUAUCUUCCACUUCUCGGAAACCUGAAACGCCCCAUGAAAUGUGGUUCGAUGAAGUAUACAAAGAUCAAAUUAAAUCUGCAAUUUUAAACUUCAAGAUACCCCCUGCAUCCAGUGCUGCAUUAGGGGAUGUUUGGCGACCGUUUAACAACAUUGCUGCCUCUUUGGCAUCUUAUCAAAGAAAGUCAUCGGUAUCACUAAGAGAAGUUGCUCCACAGCUGGCACUUCUCUCAACAUCUGAUGCUCCUAUGCCUGGUCUUGAGAAGCAAAUAAUAUAUUCCGAACCAGAAGAGGGUGAUACUGCUCCCAAGGGAAUUGUCACGAUUUCUUCAUUCUCUGAGCAAGUAACUAUCUUAUCAACCAAGACAAAACCGAAAAAGCUUUGGAUUCUGGGGUCUGAUGGGGAAAAGUACACGUAUCUGCUAAAAGGGCGAGAAGAUCUGCGACUUGAUGCCAGGAUCAUGCAGCUACUUCAAGCGAUAAAUGGCUUACUUAAUUCAUCAUCUUUAACUUUGGGUCAGUCUGUUGGCAUUCGCUUUUACUCUGUGACUCCCAUCAGUGGCCGGGCUGGUCUCAUUCAGUGGGUUGAUAAUGUAGUUAGCAUUUAUAGCGUCUUUAAGUCAUGGCAGAAUCGGGUUCAGGUUGCUGAACUUUCAGGACUGGGUCCUAAUGCAAAACAUGUGCUUCCUCCCCCUAUUCCUCGGCCAAUAGACAUGUUUUAUGGUAAAAUCAUUCCUGCACUUAAGGAGAAAGGUAUUAAAAGAGUAAUAUCAAGAAGAGACUGGCCUCAUGAGGUGAAGAGGAAAGUUCUCUUGGAUCUCAUGAAUGAGACUCCUAACCAACUUCUUUAUCAUGAGCUUUGGUGUGCAAGUGAAGGGUUCAGAGCAUUUCAUUCAAAACAAAAAAGGUAUUCUGGUAGUUUAGCGGCUAUGAGUAUUGUUGGUCACAUACUUGGCCUAGGAGACCGGCACUUAGAUAAUGUCCUUAUUGAUUUUUGUACCGGCGACAUUGUGCAUAUUGAUUACAAUGUAUGCUUCGAUAAAGGGCAAAGAUUAAGGAUCCCUGAAAUUGUGCCCUUCCGCUUGACUCAGACAAUUGAAGCUGCUUUAGGCCUAACUGGUGUUGAGGGAACUUUUAGAGCAAACUGUGAAGGGGUUCUUGGUGUUUUGAAGAAAAAUAAGGACAUAAUCUUGAUGCUCCUAGAUGUCUUUGUUUGGGACCCCCUUGUGGAUUGGACACGUGGAGAUUUUCAUGAUGAUGCAGCAAUUUUUGGUGAGGAAAGAAAGGGGAUGGAGCUUGCAGUUAGUUUGAGUUUAUUUGCUUCCCGGGUGCAAGAAAUUCGUGUUCCCUUGCAGGAGCAUCAUGAUCUUUUAGUGUCGACUUUUCCAGCUGUUGAAUCAGCUCUUGAGAGACUUUCAACUAUCCUAGACCAGUAUGAGACUGUCUCUGCUCUUUCCUGUCGUGCUGACCAAGAGAGAUCCGACCUUGUUCUCCAAGAGACAUCCGUAAAAUCUAUUGUUGCAGAAGCAUCUUCUAAUUCUGAAAAAGUCCAAGCAUCACUUCAAGUCCAGGCUCGAGAAUUCUCACAAGCACAAGCCAUGGUAGUGGAGAAGGCUCAAGAAGCUACAACCUGGAUUGAGCAGCAUGGCAUGGUUCUUGAUGCUAUCAGAAGCAAUCUAGUCCCAGAAAUUAAUGCCCAUAUAAAUUUGAGUGAUGCAGAACAAGCCCUUUCUCUGACAUCUGCUGUGCUAGUGGCUGGAGUCCCAUUAACUAUUGUUCCUGAGCCCACUCUUGCUUAUUGCCAAGAUAUAGAUAGGGAAGUUACUCAGUUAGUUGCAGAGCUGGAUCAAGGGUUUUCUUCAGCUGCAAGUGCUCUUCAAACGUACUGUGUGGCCUUGCAAAGAAUUUUGCCACUCAAUUACCAUACAACUAGUCCAGUGCACGAAUGGUCACAAAUUUUGCAGCUUGCCGCGAAUGCACUAUCUUCUGACAUUUUGUCACUCACUAGAAGACAGGCAGUUGAACUUUUUGGGAAGUCCGAUGUCAACAACUUUGACACAGUUAAACUAAGGUAUGAUGAUCUUUGUUUUAAAGUACGACAGUAUGCAGCAGAAAUAGGGAGACUGGAAGGAGAAUGUGCAGAGCUGGUGAACUCCAUUGGACAGGAGACUGAAGCAAAAGCCAAAGAUUGUCUUUUUUCUGCCUUCUCAAAGUAUAUGCAGUCCACUGACUUUGAGAGGAAAGAAGAUCCCGAUAACAUGGGAUCGUUAAAUUUUCAGGGGCCACAUGAUGCUGGAUUGCAAGAAAAGGUUGAGGUGAACAAGGGAAAACUUCUAACUAUUCUAAUUAUUGCAGUUUGUUCUCUAUAUAAUGACAUCAAGCUUAAAUUAGUCAGAAGCUUAGCUAGUUUCACGGGGAGAGAGAAUCUGCUGCAGUCUAAUUUGGGAGCCUUUUUCUGCGAAUUCGAAGAGCAAACGGAGAAAUGUAUGCUUAUAGCAGGGUUUCUAAUUGAAAUACAGCAGUAUAUUGGCACAGCCUUAGAUACUGCCACCUCUUCAUUUGAAGUGAACUGGGCACCAGUUUUCAAAACAAGUCUGCUUUCAUGUAAAAAGUUAGUCCAGGAAAUGCUUGAGUAUGUUUUGCCAGAAGCCUUAAGAACUGUGAUUCUGUUCAACUCAGAAGUUAUGGAUGCAUUUGGUUCACUCUCCCAAGUCCGCGGUUCCAUUGAUGCAGCACUUGAGCAGCUUAUUGAAGUAGAAGUAGAGAGGGCUGCUUUAGUUGAGCUUGAACAAAAUUACUUUGUGAACGUUGGUCUCAUCACGGAACAACAGUUGGCUCUAGAAGAAGCUGCCAUCAAGAGCAGAGACCAUUUAUCUUGGGAAGAGGCCGAUGAACUAGCAUCAAAAGAGGAAGUUUGCAGAGCUCAAUUAGACAAGCUCCACCGGACAUGGAACCAGAAGGACUUGCGAACUUCAUCUCUUAUAAAGAAAGAAGCUAAUAUCAGAAGUGCUUUGGCAUCUUCUAAGGACCAUCUGCAAUCUCUAAUUACUAGAGAAGAGGAUAGGGAAUCACAUACUCUAAGAAGCAGAGCGCUCUUGGCUGUACUAUUGCAACCCUUUUCUGAGUUGGAAUCAGUUGAUCGGGCAUUAUCUUCACUCGGUGGACCUAUUGCAUCUAGUUCCAGUGGGAUUUCUCAUCUUGCAAGUUCAUUCAGUUCAGGAAAUCUAGUAUCUGGGUAUAUAUGGAAUUUUCCGAGCAUAAUAUCCAAUAGUCAUGCUUUUUUUAUUUGGAAGAUUUAUCUGAUUGAUUCUUUGCUAGAUUCCUGUGUGCACCAUGCUGCUUUACCUGUUGCUCAAACUUUGGGAUUCGACCAAAUGGUGGAUGCGGUAAAGAGUAAAAUUGAUUUGCAACUUCAAAAAGGUGUUGCCCAGUACCUCAAAGAGAGAGUUGGUCCUGUUAUAUUGGGAAGGUUAGAGAUAGAAAUUGAAUCAUUGAAGAAAAUGGUGGAGUCAAGGACGGAAUUUACUGUUGAUCAGAUUAAGAAUAAUUUUGAUACUAUAAAAGAAGUGCAAAUUAUGCUCCAGGAGUAUUGCAAUGCACAUGAAACUGUCAGAGCAGCAAGGUCAGCUGUGUCUCUAAUGAAGAGGCAGGUGAACGAGUUAAAGGAUAAGCUUCUGAAGACUAGUUUGGAAAUUGUUCAGAUGGAAUGGAUGUAUGAUAUGACCGUGAGCCCACUGCACAACAGCAGACUGAUGUGUCAUAAAUUACUUGCAAGUGAUGACAAAUUAGUUUCCAUUCUUCUUAAUAUUAGCAGACCAGAAUUGAUUGAAAGUUUGCGAUCAUCCAUUGAAAAGAUAGCUAAAUCACUGGAAGGCAUACAGGCAUGCGAGAGAACUUUUGUUACUGCAGAAGGGCAACUAGAGAGAGCAAUGGGCUGGGCUUGCGGAGGUGCAAGUACCAGUGCAACUGGAAGUACAUCAGUAAAGAUCCCAGGAAUACCUCCUGAAUUCCACGAGCAUCUUAUAAGACGCAGGAAGUUGUUAUCUGAAACUCGAGAAAAGGCGUCAGAUAUGAUGAAACUCUGCAUCUCCAUAUUGGAAUUUGAAGUGUCAAGAGAUGGAUUUUUUCGGACUUCAGAAGAACAUCACACGUCAAGGACCAAUUUAGAUGGAAGACUCUGGGAGCAAGCGUACCUAAAUUCUAUAGCAAAAUUGGACGAUACAUUUCACUCUUUCACAAGAACCGAACAAGAAUGGAAACACGCACAGAACAAUAUGGAGAUUGCUUCCACUAGCUUAUUCACUGCAACUAAUGAACUCUGCGUUGCCUCUGUCAAAGCAAGGUCGGCAUCAGGUGAUCUACAAAGUACUCUUCUUGCCAUGAGAGAUUAUGCCCGUGAAGCAAGUGCUGCCAUAUCUGCCUUUGGAAACAUUUCUAGAGGGCAUACGGCUUUGACAUCUGAAUGUGGCCUAAUGCUCGAAGAGGUCCUCGCUGUAAUAGAAGAUGUUCACGAUGUUCAUAGCAUAGCAAAAGAGGCUGUGGUGUUGCAUUCCUCCAUGACGGAAGAUCUAUCCAAGGCAUGUGCUAUUUUACUUCCGCUUGAAACUAUGUUUUCCAAGGAUGCUGCUGUCCUGACUGAGUGUAUGUCAAAGGAGUGGGAGACAAAGACAGAGAUAUCACCAGUCCAUGGACAAGCAAUGUUCCAGUCUUACCAUUCAAGAAUCAUGGACAGUUACCAAGCAUUUAGGCCUUUGGUUCCCUCCGUUACAUCAUCUGUCGAAGGACUUCUUUCCAUGCUCAACAAGCUAGCACAAUCUGCUAGUCUACAUGCAGGAAACCUUAAUAAAGAUCUUGAAGGAAUGGGAGAAAGUCAGGGAAUCAGAUCAGAUAAUAUCAGUCCAUCAAAUUCUGAUAUCUCUAAUCUGGAUAACAUGUUUAACAGAAAACAUGAUAUCUCUGGAAGUGACAGAGAGGCGGGCGAGAGUUCCUUUGAUGUGAGCCGGCUUUCAUUGUAUGAAAAAGGUUGGAUAUCUCCCCCUGAAAGUAUAACCAGUGACAGCUCAAGUUCUGGUAUGACAUCAUCUGUGACUAGUCUGGCAGAUACCUCAAGCGGGCCAGAUAUCAUGGACCCAAUUCAUCAUAAUGUUGAUGGUGGAGUGGAACUUCCUCUUCUAUCCCCUUCAGUUGGUGUUGCUCUUCCAAAUAUAUCAUCUUUCGAACAAUCAAGAUCUCAAAAUAUACAGGAAACUUCUGAAUUGAAUUAUUGGCCAAAAAUUAAAGCAUCAUCAUCAAGCCAAGAAAAGGUUGGGGACACUAAUGGACCUUUGUUUACUAAUACUGAAGCUUCCAGUUGGAUCAGAAGUAAAAAUCAUUAUGCUGUGUCAAUUUUGAAGCGGAUGGAUAUGAAAAUUGAUGGCCGAGAUAUUGUAGAUAACAGAGAGGUAAGUGUGGGAGAACAGGUUGAUUAUCUGCUCAAGCAGGCAACCAGUAUAGAUAAUCUUUGCAGUAUGUACGAGGGUUGGACACCUUGGAUUUGAGAGAGUUCUUUUAAAAUUCUUUCUCCAGUAUCACAAACUGCUUUGCUCAGAACAUCGGAGGAAGUUUCAAUUGAAGGCAAAAUCCCCCAUUGGGACUCCUAGCACAUUCCUAUAUUGCCUGAAUUGAUGUAGCCACAUGUUUUUUAGAGUCCACAUGUGAAGGAGCAAUUCUUGGAAGUGAAUAUCUGAGAGACGCUUGUCAUGUUUCAUGGCCUCGGCUCAAGCACGCACUAUCUUUGCCUCAUGAUAUCUCCACAAAGGCUGCUAAAGGGAUGAACACAUCAUUCAUCAACACGUUGAGAUGUUCCCAGACAAGCUCCAAACAGGUAUUUGGCUUAAAAAAUAGUAUUCUCAACAUGGAUUUAAUGUGGAGUUGCUGUCAGAGACUGGUAAUAAAAUGUCUGGAUAUGGAUACUCUUCAGUUAUUCGACGGUCGAAUUAUUGCAUGAAGAGUCCACAUCACUUCACGCCUUCACGAUAUAGGCCCCACUAAAUUUAGAAGCAAUCCGGAUCUUCCAUUCCAUAAUUCCACCACGCAGUUAGCGCAGAUGACUGUUUGUUAUUUUAUGCUAUUUUAUACUCCCUAAAUACAGUAUUACAGUCUAGCUUUUUUCCAUUUUGUAAAAAAACAUACUACGUACGGCGUAUUAGUUUACAUGACUAUCCUCAAGUAAUAAUGUUUGUACUGCCAAACAAUACACUGUACCGGAAUAUUUAUCCUCAAGACUACAGUAAUAUUUAUUCUCUGUGAAAAGACGUUUAAUUAAAUCACAGAGAAAGCUCAUUAUCUGAAAGUAACAUGGAUUCUGC